CAUUUCGGGGUCCUCCGCGCUUUUGGGUGCGGAGCUGCGGAGGGAGAGGACCGGCCGCUCCCUCGCCACUCCCCUUCCCCGCCGCCGGGCUCUGGGAUGGUGUGGGCAGCCAAGAUGGAGUACGAGUGGAAGCCCGACGAGCAGGGGCUCCAGCAGAUCCUGCAGCUGCUGAAGGAAUCGCAGUCCCCGGACACCACCACGCAGAGAGCCGUGCAACAAAAACUAGAACAACUCAAUCAGUAUCCAGAUUUCAACAACUACCUGAUUUUUGUUCUUACGAAGUUGAAGUCUGAAGAUGAACCAACACGUUCCUUGAGUGGUCUCAUCUUGAAGAAUAAUGUAAAAGCACAUUUUCACAACUUCCCAAAUGGAGUAACUGACUUCAUCAAAAGUGAAUGUCUGAACAACAUUGGUGAUUCCUCUCCCUUAAUUAGAGCUACUGUAGGUAUUCUGAUAACAACCAUUGCUUCAAAAGGAGAAUUACAGAAUUGGCCAGAACUUUUACCAAAGCUUUGCAGCCUCUUAGAUUCAGAGGACUACAAUACUUGUGAGGGUGCAUUUGGCGCUCUUCAGAAGAUAUGUGAAGAUUCUGCUGAAAUUUUAGAUAGUGAUGUAUUAGAUCGACCACUCAAUAUAAUGAUACCUAAAUUCUUACAGUUCUUCAAGCACAGCAGUCCAAAAAUAAGAUCUCACGCUGUUGCAUGUGUCAAUCAAUUUAUCAUCAGUAGAACUCAAGCUCUUAUGAUGCACAUAGAUGCUUUUAUUGAGAAUCUUUUUGCACUGGCUACUGAUGAGGAGCCUGAAGUACGCAAAAAUGUUUGCCGUGCUCUGGUAAUGUUGCUGGAAGUUCGCAUGGAUCGCCUUCUUCCUCAUAUGAUUAGUAUAGUUGAGUACAUGCUUCUAAGGACCCAGGACCAAGAUGAAAAUGUGGCUUUGGAGGCCUGUGAGUUUUGGCUGACUUUGGCUGAACAACCCAUUUGUAAGGAUGUUUUAUGUCGGCAUCUUACUAAGCUGAUACCUGUGCUGGUGAAUGGUAUGAAAUAUUCUGAGAUAGAUAUUAUUUUGCUGAAGGGAGAUGUUGAAGAAGAUGAAGCAAUUCCAGAUAGUGAACAGGACAUAAGACCUCGUUUUCAUCGUUCACGAACAGUAGCUCAGAAACAUGAGGAAGAUGGCAUUGAAGAUCGUGAUGAUGAUGAUGAUGAAAUUGAUGAUGAUGAUGCUAUUUCUGACUGGAAUUUAAGGAAAUGUUCUGCUGCUGCUCUAGAUGUUUUGGCCAAUGUAUUUCGUGAUGAACUUUUGCCACACAUCCUGCCCCUUUUGAAGGAAUUGCUCUUCCAUCCCGAAUGGGUAGUUAAGGAAUCAGGUAUCCUUGUUCUUGGAGCAAUUGCUGAAGGCUGCAUGCAGGGUAUGAUUCCGUAUCUUCCUGAGCUGAUCCCUCACCUUAUUCAGUGCCUCUCUGACAAAAAGGCUCUUGUGCGCUCCAUUACAUGCUGGACUCUUAGUCGCUAUGCACACUGGGUAGUUAGUCAACCCCCAGACACAUACUUGAAGCCAUUAAUGACUGAGUUGCUACAGCGUAUCCUGGAUAGCAACAAGAGAGUACAAGAAGCUGCCUGCAGUGCCUUUGCUACUCUAGAAGAGGAGGCUUGUACAGAGCUUGUUCCUUAUCUUGCAUAUAUACUUGACACUUUGGUCUUCGCAUUUAGUAAAUACCAGCAUAAAAACCUGCUUAUUCUUUAUGAUGCUAUAGGAACUCUAGCAGAUUCCGUAGGCCAUCAUCUAAAUAAACCAGAAUAUAUUCAGAUGCUAAUGCCCCCGUUAAUCCACAAGUGGAACAUGUUGAAGGAUGAAGAUAAAGAUCUCUUUCCUUUAUUAGAGUGCCUGUCGUCAGUUGCUACUGCCUUGCAAUCUGGCUUUCUUCCAUACUGUGAACCUGUGUACCAGCGUUGUGUAAAUCUAGUGCAGAAGACCCUUGCACAAGCCAUGUUGCACAAUGCUCAACCAGACCAAUAUGAGGCUCCAGAUAAGGACUUCAUGAUUGUGGCUCUUGAUUUGCUCAGUGGUUUAGCUGAAGGUCUUGGAGGCAACAUUGAGCAGCUGGUAGCUCGGAGCAAUAUCCUGACACUGAUGUACCAAUGCAUGCAGGAUAAAAUGCCUGAAGUACGACAGAGUUCUUUUGCACUGUUAGGUGAUCUGACAAAGGCGUGUUUUCAGCAUGUUAAGCCUUGCAUCGCUGAUUUCAUGCCCAUUUUGGGAACCAACCUAAACCCUGAAUUCAUUUCUGUGUGUAACAAUGCUACCUGGGCUAUUGGAGAGAUCUCCAUUCAGAUGGGUAUAGAGAUGCAGCCUUAUAUUCCAAUGGUGUUGCACCAGCUUGUAGAAAUAAUUAACAGACCCAACACACCAAAGACAUUGUUAGAGAACACAGCAAUAACAAUUGGUCGUCUUGGUUACGUUUGUCCUCAAGAGGUGGCCCCCAUGCUACAGCAGUUUAUAAGACCCUGGUGCACCUCUCUCCGGAACAUAAGAGACAAUGAGGAAAAGGACUCAGCAUUCCGUGGGAUAUGUACCAUGAUCACAGUCAACCCCAAUGGCGUAUUCCAAGACUUUAUUUUUUUUUGUGAUGCUGUUGCAUCGUGGAUUAGCCCAAAAGACGAUCUUCGAGACAUGUUCUGUAAGAUUCUUCAUGGGUUUAAAAAUCAAGUUGGGGAUGAGAAUUGGAGGCGUUUCUCAGACCAGUUUCCUCUUCCCUUAAAAGAGCGCCUUGCAGCUUACUAUGGAGUUUAACCGCGUGCAUUGUAGCUGCAGUCCCAUGAUUAGAGGUCCUUCAGUCUGGGAGACUAUGAGGGAGCCUCUGCACCCAGGGAAAAUGUUACCCUUUACUGGGGGGAAGGGUAAACCAGUAGGGAAUACAGUACAAUCCCAACCCUACUGGGAGGGGCGGGAGGGAGGUGUUGCCGUCACUGUAUUAAGUCGAUGUUGGGAAAUGUUUUAACAUCUGGAGCCUUUGUGGGUGGAAAUCUGUCUCCUAUUACAACUCUGCACUGGAUGUGAAGAAGAAAAAAAAGAAUCUUUUCACAAAACAGCACAUUCUGGAAUAUUGUGGGGAUUUGUACCAAAAUAAGAACCAUAUAAUUGAACCAUAGGGAUACGUAAAGAGGAAAACUAUUUUGCGCACAAUAAAGGAAACCUAAGAAUGGGGGUCACAAACAGUAAAAGGCUUUUUUUUCUUUUUUUCUUUUUUUUUUUUUUUUAGUAAGAAUUUUCUACAUUAUUUCAUCCUGCUUGAUGGGAUUCCUAGGAAUUUGCAUGUUAAUGAAGAACUACACAAAUGAAGUUAGUACAGUUAAAAAUGCAGCUUGUGUCUGCAUUAGGAACAGGCACUUGCAGUAUAUGAUAUAGAAACACCAAUUAAUUAGGGUUAACUUAGGCACAGUGAAGCAACCUGCAAGCUGCCAAAUGAGUCACUCCUUUCAUUUUUGGGGUAAAGGGAGGGACGCUUCAAAGGAGAGAUUGACAUCUUAAUUUUUACGUUAAGAAGAAUUUAAGGUAGUGGAUAUGAUUUGAUUAUUGUACUUCAUUAGAUUUAAUUUCUAGAGUAAGGCAUUAUUCUUAACGUGCAGUUUAAGGUUCAGGCAUGCGUUCUGGCUCAUAGUGAUCAGAAGUAAUUUAAAUUAGUGGGGAAGUAGCAUGCUUGCAUCACAUAGAGUGAAAUUGGUAUACAUUUACCUAUGUUGCGCCAGUUUUGUGUUGCAGUUUACCAAUUCAGUAUAGCCCUGCAUUUAAAGUUCCUUUUCUAAGAUUCUGUGGAUUUUGUUUUUAUUAAGAAUAUAGAUAUAAAGUACUGUAGUUAACAAUUAGGCCUUGAAAUACCUUUUAGGAUCUGUUAAGAAUAAGAUUGAUAUUGUAUUGUGUGUAACCUGCACAAUGUGGAAAGCUGAUAUAGCUGUGCAAAAUACUUGCCUCUGUGCUGUCAGUGUGAUGUGCUUUCUGCAUGGUUAUAUACUAGUGAUUUUAUCAGAAUCUCUGAAAAUGAGUUACAUGGUAAGACCUGUUAAAGGCUGCAUAAAUGUUAGUUGGCACGUAAAGACAGUUGUAGAAGUUGAUGACAUGAUUGCUAUAUUUGUGUUUAUUCCCACUCAACAUAUUAUCUUCUAUGCUUUCUUUUUGUUCAAAGCAUGAUCUUAAUGAGAUGUUUAAGUUAAUGGAUGUAAUAAUGCAGGGUAUCUACACUGUAUCGGCGCAUGUUGGUGGCCCUUUGUGAUGUAGUUAAAUGCACAAGGGUGCAAGUUUAAAGCUACAGAGUGAAAGUUGGUUUGGAUCCUCUUCAUUUCAUUUGUUUAGCUUUUCUGUUGUUUUUUUUUCUCUACUUACAUGUAUUCCUGUGAAUAAAUCCUUGUUAAGUUAACCCUUUA